GUUAACUUAUAAAUAAAUAAAGCUGUACCAACCGGUCGGUAGUGUUAAGCGUAGCGUCUUAUUGUUUUCUAGACAAAAGUUGUUUCAUCUAUUAUGUCACUGGAUGUAAACCUCACUGCUAUAACUGGCUUAAAAGGAAAAGCUGAUCGUUUUUGCAGAUUUUUUUUCAGAGGUGUACCUGCAACAUCUAAUGUUUUACAAAAUUGCCACGGGGAUGCUCUUUUCAAUGAGGAGUUUUUUUGGCCAUUGGAAACACCAUUGGAUAAUGAGGAAUGGUUGGAGCUACGUUUAUACAAUCGGAAUAAAAUAUUUCAGGACAGGUUAAUAGGGGCUUAUCGACUAUCAUUGUCCCAAAUUAUUGAAGGAGGUAGCACAGAUGUUGUGGACAAUCUUAUAGACACCUCUCAUACAAUAUUAAGGAUUGAAGUUCGAAUGAGUGUUACCUACAGAAAACCUGAACCUGGGAAAAAUUUAUAUGAUCAUGAUUUAAGAUCUGAAGAAAAAUCAAUUAAAAGUGUUGUGUCUGUUUCUUCAGCCAAGUCAAAAGAAAUGAAUGAGUCCCAAGAAAUUUAUCAUCCUAAAAUUCAUCACCCAAAAGUAAUUAACAAUGUGAUUUCUGAGUGGAUUGUUCAGCUGCGAAUAAUCCAAGCAAAAGAUUUGGCAGGGGUGUCAUUAGAUCCUGUAGUUAUGAUAACAUGUGGUCUUCAAAAAAAGCAAACUUCAAUCAAGAAGCAGACAAAUAAUCCUGAUUGGGAUGAGUUAUUCGUUUUUGAUUUCAAAUGUUCUGAUCAAGAAAUUUUUGAUUCAAUAUUGCUACUAGAGGUAUUUACUGGUAAAAAUAUUAUAUCAGAUGGCUCUUUGAUUGGAUUAUUCAAGUGUGACUUAUGGUAUGUUCACAACCAACCUGAUCAUUCAUUUUUUAGUAAAUUUGCUCCUCUGCUCGAUGGGGCUACAACAGAAAUAAAGGGUUAUGUACGUGUUGAUUUACAAAUUUUUACAAAAGGCGAUGUUGUAAAGGAUCCACCUCCAAGAAAAGAUGAUUUGGAAAUAAAUCAGAAUUUAAUUCUUCCACCUAAGGUGAAUCCAUUUCGACCUGUUUAUCAAUAUCAGUUGAAAAUAUAUGCCGCAGAUGGAUUGCCUCAAAUGAAUGCUAAUCUACUGGCAAAUGUAAAGAAGGCUUUUAGUAACAAGCUGUCUGAUAUGGCUGACCCUUUUGUUGAAGUAUCAUUUGCUGGAUUAACAGCAAAAACACCUGUUAUAAAGAACACAUAUCAACCUGAGUUUAAUACUUUAAUUACAUUUACAGAGUUUUUUCCACCAUUGUGCAGAAGAAUUAAAAUUCAACUCAAAGAUAGUGAUAUGACUACCACUGAACUGAUAGGUACACACUUCAUUGAUAUGAAUGAUAUUUCAGAUAAAGCUGAGCGAAGGAAAGGAGGUUUUAUGCCUACAUUUGGCCCAUCUUGGGUCAAUUUAUAUGGUUCUACACGUGACUACUCUGUAUCAGAGGAACAUAAUGAUCUCAAUAAUGGAUUGGGGGAAGGAAUAUCAUACAGAGGAAGAGUGCUUUUAUGGAUGGAUUGCUUUGAAGGAGAACCAGGUGAUACUGGUAUUGUUGAAGUUGAAGAAUGUGAACCAUUACAACCGAAACUGUUAGGCAAAGAAGAAAUUUUUCAAUUGUUUGCUACUUUUUAUGAAGCCAGUAUGUUACCAAAGAAAUUAGGGGACAGCCCAGUUCAAUUUGAAAUUGUGAUUGGUGAGUAUGGUUUUUUAAUGAAGGACUUAGUUGAAAAGAAAAAAAAAGACCAAAGCGAAGAUGAUGAUAAACUUUACUCAGAAAGUAAAGCUUUUGUUCAAUCUGUUACUGCACCAGUUAAGCCUUUAGCACCAGAGAAGAUAUAUUAUUAUGUGCCCUUUGGUAGUGAUAAACCAUGUACACACAUUAAAUUUCCAUUUGAAGACCAAAGAAGAAGACAUUACAAUUUCUCUAUUUUAAAGAAAAUAUAUAGCAUACUGGAAGAUAACUUAGAAGAACUUGAUGAAAGAGUUCGUCUUGAAGUUCCAAAAACCAACAUUGCAUUGAAAAAUGUUAUGGGUGAUUUAGUUCACCAUUGCAGCAUGUAUAUUGACCUUGCGGAUGGCAAAAGGACUGGUACACAUCUUGGGAAAAACAAGUUAGACCAAGAAAGAACUUCAAUGACUAUUCUAGAAAUAAAAAAUAUUUCCCUUCAAGCAGCAGAUAUUGCACUUUGUUGCAUAUCUUCAGAAAAUAUCAAAGCUCAAGUUGAAAGAGCACACGCAUUAAUGCGACUCCUGCGUAAAGUUGUAAGAGAGCCUCAACAUGGACUUCCUGAUGUAUUUGUGUGGAUGAUACGGAGUGGCAAGCGAGUUGCUUAUACUAGAAUACCUGCAGAAGACAUUUUGUAUUCAAAAGUGGAUGCUGAAAAAGGAAGAAGUUGUGGAAGAGUGCAAACAAUAUUUUUAAGGCUUCCUGGAAAAAUGGGUCAUGGUGAAAAUGGAUGGGCUAUUCAAGCAAAGAUUGAAGUUCGAUUUUGGUUAGGGUUGAUGAAACAUAAAACAGAUUAUUUGAAAGAUGCUCCUCCUGGUUUUGAACAAGAAGACGAUUGUUUAUCAGUAUUAGCAACACCUCCUUCUUACCUAAGAUAUACAAAAAAACAGAAGUUUGUUGUUCGUGCUCAUUUGUAUCAAGCAAGAAGUUUAAUUGGAAGUGAUGAUAGUGGUCUCUCGGAUGUAUUUUGUCGAUGCAUUGUAACAUAUAAGUUUAAACAGACAUAUGUUGUGUGGGAGACACGCAGCCCAACAUGGGAUAUGAUGCUUAAAUUUGAUGACAUUGAACUAUGGGGAGAAAUUGAAGAGUUUGCAGUAAAUCCUCCGAUUAUUGUUCUUGAAUUAUUUGAUCAAGAUUUUGGAGGUGGUGAAGAAUUUAUUGGGCGAAUUUUGGCAAAACCUGUUGUUAAGUUAUGUGAAGAAAAAUAUGAGAAACCAUUUUUUCCACCUGUUUUGCAAUGGUUUCCUGUGUAUCGUGGUGAAACAAGAGCUGGUGAGGUGCUUGCAGCUUUUGAAAUGCUUCAUAUAUCAGAUAACCCAGAUAUAAUUUCAGAGAUUCCUGAAGAUCCACCAUUAACUGAUACUCCAAAUGGAUUGAUCAUGAGAGUUCCAGACAAGAUAAGACCAGUUAUGAAGAAACACAGGAUUGAAGUUCUUUUUUGGGGUGUACGCGACUUAAAGAAAGCUCAGUUUAUGUCAGUAAACAGUCCUCAGGUUGAAUUGGACUGUUGUUACAAAAUUAUUAAAACAAAUGGUGAAGAAGAUGAUGUGCUGAAGUCAGUGAUUAUAAAGAGUGCUGCUAGGAAUCCUAAUUUUCAUGACUGUGUUGAUAUUUUUGAUGUGUGGCUACCAGAAGCUGAAAAAUAUCUUCCACCUUUGACAAUUCAUGUUAAUGAUUGUCGUGCCUUUGGGCGUCAAGUUUUAUGUGGCACCCAUGUUAUAAAUUCUUUGCACAAGUUUUUUAUGGAUCCUUCAAUGUACACACGAAGACAAGUUCAAGAAAAUGAUGAUAAAAAAGUUGAAGCAGAAAUAUCAACAGAAGUUACAACAGAAGUUACUACUGAAACUACUACUCAAGACAUUGUUCAAAAAAAGAAAAAAGAAGAAGAGGUUGCCAUUGAAAUUUAUGAUUGGUGGACAAGAUUUUAUGAAACACAAAGAGACAUGGAAGAAGAAGAAGCAGUACCAAGUAAAAAGAAGAAAGAUGUAAUUAAAGAAGAAAAGAAAGUGAGCAAUAUUCCUCGUUUAAAGAUCUAUUUAGAUGAGCUGGAAAAUGUUGAAGGCUUUAGUGGUUUUAACGAUUUUCUUGCUUGCUUUAACCUUUUGCGUGGUAAGAAAACUGAAGAUGAAGAUGAUGAAUUAAAAAGAUUUUCUGGAAAAUUUAAAGGAAACUUUCGUUUGUGGAAAUACCCUCUUCCACCUGAUUUUGAUACUGAAGAUGAAAUGGGCACAUUUUACAGGUUACCUUCAAAUGAACCAAUAAAUCUCCUUGUUAGGGUUUAUGUUAUCAGAGCAAUCAAUCUACAUCCAAUGGAUUCAAAUGGGAAGGCUGACCCAUAUUUAGUAUGUAGUCUUGGUAAAAAAAAGUACAAUGACAAAGAUAAAUAUGUAUCUAAACAGCUUUCACCUGAAUUCGGAAGGUGUUUUGAAUUUAAAGCUGUUAUUCCCUUUGACACUGUGGUUCGAAUAGAUGUGAUGGAUUGGGAUAUGCUAGGUUCAAAUGACUUAAUUGGUUCAACUGAAAUUGAUAUUGAAGAUCGAUUCUUUAGCAAGCAUAGACCUUCAUGUGGAAUUCAGCUUAAUUAUAUAAAUCAUGGAUAUGCUGCUUGGAGAGAUCCACAGAAACCAGCUGCUAUUUUAUCUAAACUCUGUAAAGAAUAUGGUAUUGAUGGCCCAUAUUUUAAUGAUGGUGCUGUUUUUCUGGAUGGCAAAAUAUGGCAUGCUUCACCUUUUAUUUUAGAUGAAAAAGGAAAAGAAAAAAUUUCUGAUGAACCUGUAGCUCUAGAAGCUUUACAUCAUUUUGAAGAAUUAGCUCCAAAAGGAUUUAAGCUUGUGCCUGAACACGUAGAAACCAGAUCAUUGUUUAAUCCAGAAAAAAAAGGAAUUGAAAUGGGCAAAGUUCAAAUGUGGAUUGAUAUGUUUCCUAUGGAAUUAACUAUGCCUGGUCCACCAGUUGAUGUUUCAGUUAGAAAGCCUACUGAAUAUGUUCUCAGAGUUACUAUAUGGAAUACCUCAGAUGUUUUACCUUCUGAUACUAAUAUUAUCUCUGGAGAAACUAGCAGUGAUCAGUAUGUUAAAGGAUGGUUGGAAGGAAACAGAGAAGAUAUUCAGCAGACUGAUGUUCAUUACAAAUCAAUGGAUGGUUCUGCUAUGUUUAACUGGAGGUUUAUAUUUUCCUUUAUGUUUCAUAAAGCUGAAGAAAAAAUUGUCACAUUUAAAAAAGCAAACAUCUUUUCCAUUGAUCUCACAGAAGAAAAGCAUAAACCUUAUCUUUACUUACAAGUAUGGGAUGCUGAUUUGUUUUCAGCAGAUGACUUUAUUGGCGAUGUAGUUUUAUCACUAACCAGACUUCCAUCACCAGCCAAAACUGCAAAAGGUUGCAAAUUAGACAUAUUAAAUAAAAAUCAUCCUUGCGCUUCAUUGCUAAAAAUGAAAAAUUGUAGGGGAUGGUGGCCGUUUCAAGUGAAUCCUGAAGAUGAUGAUGAUCCUGAUCCUAUUUUAGCUGGUAAAGUUGAAGCUGAGCUAAAUCUUUACACCAAAGAAGAAGCAGAAGCUAUGCCAGCCGGGAAAGGACGUGAAGAACCUCUCCCUCUUGAAAAACCUAACCGACCAAACGAUAGCUUUUUCACGUUGAUGGGACCAUUAACAAUGCUGCGUUACAUGAUCUGGGAACCAUAUAAGUUUGUUAUACUUAAAUUGCUUGUUGUUGCUAUUUUGGUUGCACUAUUAGCUUUAUUUUUUUACUCAAUGCCAGGGUAUCUUGUGAAAAAAAUUUUUGGAGCUUAGUCUUUAAAACGCAAAAUUUGAGUUUCUGAUUGAUAAACCGGUUGAGCUUUCAGAUUUUUAUGUUGGUUUCAUUGAAGAAUAAACGGGUAUAUCCUAUGCUGAAAAUGUUUGUAAUUAUCCUAUGCUGAAAAUGUUUGUAAUUUAGGGUUACCUCGUACAGAAAUUAUUUCAAGCUUAGCCACAAUGUAACAAAAAGUAUUUAAUAUCCAACAUUCAAUUGAUAUUUUAUAUUUUUAUUGUUAUCGCAUAACUUGUUAUUGGUAUUUAUUGUUCGCUUUUGGACUUUUAUAAUAUAAAAUUUAUAAUAAAAUUACUUUAAAAUAUUUCGUAAUAAUGUUUAUAUUGUUUUGUUAUUGACAUUUUGAAAUUUA